AUGUCUCUUUGGAUGCAGGACGAGCCGGCGUCGUCGGGCGAUAGCGGUGACGAGAGUGGGAGUGAACCAGACUCGCCUUGCGACAAGAAAGCCCACCAGCAGGAAUGGGCGUGCAACGACAGCGCUGAGCGCAGCAGUAACAGCCUUCUCAGGGAGACUCCAAACGACAACGUGCCAUCUACAUCGACGAUCAACCAGGAACCGGAGAGCAGUAAAUCAAGCCAACCCUCGCUGCCCAAAGUCUUGCCGAAGAUAAAUCUGCCGGGCGGAGCGAUGCUGUACCACUCGGGCGUCCUGGCAGGCGUCGGCUUAGACGGCCUGGGCGCUAACCUCGGCCUGGGCAACUUGGCUAUGGGCUACCCCCACAGCUUCAUAUUAGGUCUCGCGAAUCAAGGUCAAGAAGGUGCGUCAUCGUCGAACCAGCCACAGUUCAUCACCAUUCCGCUGUCGAUGGCGAUGGCGGCCGCCGGCAACCCGGUCGCCAACGGCUGCCCCGUCUCCGCUUCCAGCGACGACAGCUGCGAGCUCCAGGACCUGAGCACAGGCGACAGGAAG